AUGAAUGAUAAUACUAAAGAUAAUAAUAAUAAUAAUAAUAUAGAAUUUAAAUUAAUUAAAUCAAUUGAAGGUGAUAUUAAAAAACAAUUGGUAGAAUUAUUAAUUACAGGUGUUAAAGAUGGUGAUUUAGGAUUCACAAAUCCAUUAAGUGAAUUAGAAGCAGAGAAAUAUUGGGAAAAGGUAGAUGGUGAUUUAAAAGUUGAAAAAGAUUGUAGACUAUUAUUAAUUGCAAUUUCAAAUAAUAACAAUAAUAAUAAUAGAAUAGCAGGUACAGUUCAAUUAUCAUGGGAUACCUAUUACAACAAUUCUUUCCACCGUGCUGAAGUUCAAAAAUUAAUGGUAAAUAAAGAAUUUAGGGGUAUGGGUAUUUCAAAGAAAUUAAUGUCAUCAAUUGAAUCUCAUGCAAUCUCAAUUAAAAAGAAACUAUUACUGCUCGAUACUCGUUCAGAUCAUCCAAUUUCACCAUCACUCUAUAGAUCAUUAGGUUACACUGAAUUUGGUUCAGUACCUUUCUUUUCAUUCGAUUCUGAUGGUUAUACAUCAACAACUUAUUUUUAUAAAGUAAUUGAUAAGAAUUUAUUAUCAAUUGGUUCAAAAUAA